CCAGGUCUCACGUAGUUCUCUUGCAGGCAGUCUUUGCUUUUGCUGCUUAUGCAGGACCCACUAGAUGUAAAUUUCAAUUCAAUUAUGCAGUCCACAGCUGUACAUACUUGUCACAUGGUACAAACGCAAGAAUCGAAUUCAAGAAUUCCGUUGAAACUCACAAUAGAUCAUAAUUCAUAGCGUGUCAUAAUUGAUCCUACAGCCUGUACCCGUUUUUCCCCAGUUCUUGCGCGUGAUCUUUUCAAGCUCUUCAAAUGUUCACUUCGAGUUCAAAGAAACGCCUUACAAUGUUCCUGCAUAAAUUCGACUUCCUGUUGCUCCCGUUCCACAAAAACAAUCCUUCAAAAUCACCAUCAAUCAUCCCAGGUUUCAACACAAUUUUCAUUGCUACAAGAACAAUCGGAAUUUAUUUUCAUCAUCUAUGUUGACCACAUUUUCUAAUUCUUCUGCUCACAUGUUAUCUUAGAAAAAGCAAUCGACGCAAGCGCAACAGCCACAAACGCUCUCAACAGAAGAAUGGUAGACGGACCUGAAGUCCUAGCCGGCCGCCCCGAGGUACUAGCAACAGCAGCAGUGGACUCCGUUUCCUCCACUCCCGACAUCAUCCAAGAAACCUCCCCACAACUAGCAACACAGAAAAUCAUGACGGCACAAAAACAGCAAAAUGGUAUCGUUGAACAGAAGCAGCAGAUGCUGGUUUCCAACAAGGAGAAGCUCCGCUCCGUGGAGGACGCUUGGAUCGCCACUCUGGAGAAAACAAAGCAGUCCGUGGUUGCACUGAAAGUCACCUUCCUCCGCUCCUUCAACGGAGAUGCGCCGCAAACCGCGAGGGCGACGGGAUUUGUGGUUUCCGAAAAUCUGAUUCUCACCAACCGCCACGUGGUCGGAUCCGGGCCGAUCUGCGCGACGGCGCUGUUUACCAACUGUAAAAGUGUCUGGGUCUGGAAGAAUUCAUGUUUGUCAUGCUUGGCUGGCAUGACUCUUAAAUCUGUCAUGCACGUUACCCAAGAGCUCCGUUUUUCUGUGAUGCAGAAGCGCAGUUUGUGAUGCAGAAUUGGCAACACUCACCUAGGAGCUCAGAAACUUGUCAUGCUGAGCCAGCAUUUGUAGCCUCAUCAUGAGACGCUGCCCAGCAUCACAAGUUCCCAGACCCAGACAUUUUUACUUUUGAUACUGUUUGACCAGAAUGAAGAGAUCCAGGUGGAGGCGGUGUAUCGGGAUCCGGUGCAUGAUAUGCAUUGCAAAAGCAUCGUACUAGUAUGAAUCGCAAUACAAGUUUUUUUAGAAGGAAAAAUGGAGUUUGUAAUGCUGAUUUGGCUAACAAACAAGAUUUGUCAUGCAUGAUUGCGAUUAGCAUUAGUACGAGUACGAUACUUUUGCACAGCAUACAUGAUUUCGGGUUCUUGAAGUUCAAGCAAUCCGACCUCCGUUUCACGAAAGUGGAGCCGAUUGAACUGAAGCCCGAGGCACUGAAACCUGGCAUUGACAUCCGGGUAAUCGGGAACGACAGCGGGGAGAAGACGCAUAUGGAACUGUCAGGAUUGAAAUUGACAAAGUUGAAAUGAUUUGCCACGCAUAAAAUGCAAGCCAUGAAGUGCCUCUCUUGCAGGAGUGGCAAGUGAGGCCGAUUGUGAGCCUGUCUAGGGUUUACAAUAGAGCUGCUAAAGUAGCAUGGCAAAAGCAGUCAUCUGUGCCCAAACAGCACGACAAAUUGGAUUCCGGUGCUCGGAAAAUUUGUCAUGCACCGCUUGGAAAUUAGGUUUCCAACUGGUAUCGAUUUUAUGCAUGACAAAUCAUUUCAACUUUGUCGAUUUCAAUCCUGACACAUCCAUAACGCAGAUUCUAUCCGGUAUCAUCGGCCGCAUUGACCGAAACUGCCCGCACUAUUGUGGGCAGAUCAUGCAAGACGAGAACACGUUUUACGUCGGCUCCGCGUCGAACACGUCAGGUGGUUCCUCCGGGUUAUCAAAUGCAAAAAUGUCUGGGUCUGGAAGAAUGCAACUUGUGAUGCUGUUUUUGGAUUCUAAAAAAAUUUAUAUUGCAUGAGUAGCACAGGGAAUGGAAUUUUUGCUACGCGGAUAGGGCAUUUGUCAUGCGAAAUAGGCACCAAGAUCUCCUCGAAAAAUCUGUGAUGCUACGGCAUGCAUCACAGACAUCAUGGCUCAUGCAAAACGUGCAUGACAAUUCGCAGAAUCUCCCAGACCCAGACAUUUUUGCAAUCCAUACGGAUCCCCCGUGAUCAAUCAAGACGGACACGCGGUGGCUUUGAAUGCCGGCGGGGCGACGUUAUCCGCCUCGGCAUUUUAUCUCCCGUUGGACCGGGUGAAACGGGCCUUGGAACUGUUGGUGGAUAAGGAGAAUAAUUGCAGCGAAAUAUCAUCUGUAAAAACGUCCCCACCCCAGAGUUGUAAUGCAAAUCUGCAUGCUGAAAAUGUUUCUCAUGCGGAGACCCAUGAGAAGAAGAUUCUAUUGUCGUUUGCGAUUUGUGAUGCGCACAUGCGCAUGCUAUGCUAGAUCUGUGAUGCUGCUUCACUACCACUAGCUAAACGCGACUACAUUGCGAUUCCAAAUUUGUCAUGCGCAACGGCCAAAGCUGGUUGAUUUGUGUAGCACAUUUGCCAUCUUGACUCUGGGAUGGGGACGUUUUUGCUCACCAUACGAAAUCCCGCGAGGGACAGUGUGCACGAGCUGGAAAUUCAGCUACUUUGAUGCGGUCAGCCGGCUGGGAGUGCCCGAUGGGGUGGAGAAGCAGGUAUUUUUAAUGCAGUUGUUUUGCAAGCAGAUGAAAUGUUGCUUUGCGUAUACAAAGUUGAGGUUGACGCAGGUGAUAUUAUGAUAGCCAACUGGUUUUAGUACACUGAUUUUCAUUCGCUGGUGCAGGUGAAAACAUAGCAAAAUGCAUCAAGUGAAGGACUUUUGUUGCCUUCAUGCAAAGUUGCCUGUAGCCAUCACGCAAAUUUGUGUUUUUCUAGUCACCUUUUGGACUGAAGGUUUCCACAACAACUCCAUUCUGCUUCUAUUCUUUGUGUUGUUUCAUCCGGUCUGGUUAGUAGUACAGCUGCUAUGCGUCUUGAAGAACAAUACGUCUGUUCGCAUUUUCUUGUAGUCAGCACUUGAAAGAAAAAUAAAUCGUAAUCCUAUUCUAUCAGGUCCAGACCCACCAGCAGGCCAAAAACUCGCCGAUUUUCACCGGUAUGCUCCUGACUGACAACGUGAUGCCGGAAUCGGUCUCCCACCAGAAGCUCAUCCCUGGCGAUGUGCUUUUCAAGAUCAGCGACGAGAUCGUCGCCGAUUUUGUCACCUUGGAACAGAUUCUCGACGACAACAUCGGGAAAGAGUUGAAAUUCACGAUUUACCGCGGGAAGGAAUUGCUCGAAACCUCGAUUUUAGUUCGUUCCCACGAAGAUUUUUCCCCGAAGAGCUUCGCGGAGUGCGGCGGGGGUGUUUUCCAUAACAUUCCCUAUUCCUACGGGAAAACCAUGGCGGUGAAUGUUGAGAAUAAUGGCGUUUGGACAGCCGCCCGCGGCUUCGUCUUCGGGAAUAAAAUCAACAGCUACUGUGUAUUACAUGCGAUCAACGACCAGAAGACGACGAAUUUGACGGAAUUCGUAAAGGAAAUGCGGAAGAUCCGGCACCACGAGCGGUUUUCAGCCACCUGGAAUAAGCAGAUGAACGCGGAGUCGCGCGUAGUGAAAACGGCGGGUAUUUUGAUGGAGCGGGAAUUUAUCGCGGGCUCGAUCACGACCUGGUACAUGAAGGAGAAAAAUCACUGUUCUGAUUCCGAUGAGUGGAAAACGUACACGAAAAAGGAGGAAAACGAAUUGUUUGGUGGGAAAAUCAAGAAGGAAGACUUGAAAGAGCAGAUCGAGAAGCCGAAGGGGUUGAAAAACUUGCGGCAUUUCUGGACGGCUUUAGACCGGAUGCCGGUGCUAUCAAAUGCAAAAGUGUCUGGGUCUGGAAGAAUGCGCGAUUUGCCAUGCAGCUGUUCCAUGACCCAUGAGGUCUGGAAUGCAGGACCUAGCAUGACAGAUUCUGAUGUGCGAUCUCUCUCAUGCCUAUCCUGCAUGAGAAACUCCCUUCCGACUUGGUCAAAACCGGACGACUUUUGGUAAUCAUGCAGCACAGAUUUUUGCAUGCUUCAGAUUUAGUGUGACAAGUUGCAUUCUUGCAGACCCAGACACUUUUACAUUUGAUAGGUGUGGGCGCAGAAGGUCUUACCGUCGCUGGUUCUGAUCGAGUACCGAACCCCACUCGGUGCGGAGAUUUUGGAACAUAACAACCGAUCUGUUUCGACCGGUGUGGGGAUCGUGGUUUCCUAUGAGAAGGACAAUGUGAUCAUCGCGUGCGACCGGGAAACCGUCCCCCAGCAGAUGGGGUUGGUGCAAGUAGAAUUCGCGAAGAUUUUGAAGGUGUUCGCGAAAAUCCGCUUCGUCCACCCCGUGCACAACAUUGUUUUACUGUCCGUCGAGAAGGAAAGACUCGGCGACUACCCGUUACCGGAGAACUAUCCGUUAACCUGGAUCGACCCGUAUGACGAAGAUUUACCCGACAGCGACCCCCGAAAGGAAAAAGCCCAGAUCGGGGACAACGUGAAUUUCAUCGGGUUAACGGAUAGAGGCGACGUCACCGUUCAGGAAACGGCGUUGCUGUCCCACUUCACGCCGAGCUACAAACUGAUCUCCCCCCCGGUCUGGCGGGAGCGGAACGUCACUGGGUUUCAUUUGGUGGAUGAUUUAGCGGGGGUGAUUGGCGGCGUUUGCGUGACGGAUGAAGGGCAUUUGGUCGGGAUUUACUGCCACUUCAUGUCGCAGGCGGACGACUACGAUAAGACGAAAGAGUGGGAAUACGCGAUGCUGCCGAUUUACGACUACGUGAAACCUUUGUUGGUUGAGAUCAAAGACGAGGAUGAUAAAAACGCAGCGAAGCAGGAACAAGAUGCGGAAUCGGAGUCGGAAUUGAAGCGAAGGAAAAUCACGACUAUGAAGAAGAAACACAAACAGCCGAUGAAAACUGCUGGGAAUAAUAACAAGAAGAAAACUGACGAUAAUUGUUCCGAAGAAACUGCUGCUCUCACGGAUGAAAAGCAGAAAAAGCUGUACACAACCAUCACGGAGAUCCCGUCUCUGUCCUGCGAGUUCAAGCCGCUUUCUUUGUCUGAAGCCCCUCACCACGGGGUGAAUUCCGAGUGGAUCAGCAGGCUCGUUGAACACUCCGAAGCGAACACGCAGUGUUUGUUAGUAGAGCGGAUCACAUCUGGCAGUUGUGCGGAGAAGCACGGGUUUAAGAUUGGGGAUAUUUUGGUCCAGUUCAACGAAAAGGUGAUCGUCACGGUUUUACACGUCGAGGAGGAGUUGGCGAAGUACAAGAGCAGUGAUAUUAUUAUUAAAGACGAAGAAAACAAGAAAAAUAAACCGGAAGUCAUCCUCCUCCGUAACGGGGAAGAGUUGAAGAAGAAAAUCGAUUUGGAUUUCCUUCCCUCCGACACGGCGACCAAACUUUGCAUCUGGAACGGGCUGUGUUUGAUCCCGACGCCGAAAGCGGUCCGGGAGCGCGGGGUCAGGGAUCAGAAGAAGGGAAUGGUGGAUCCGAAAGUAGACACGACUAGUAGUACAACUACUGCCGCUUUAGUAGAAAAGAAGCAAAUUCCGCAAAUUUUCUGUGCCAAGGUCGUCCCCGGUUCUCCUGCGACGGCGCAUGAGUUGAACUCCGGUUUUAUCCACAGUAAAUUUCCCGUACACGUACAAAGGCAGUCUCUGCAUGACAAAACUUGCCUGCAAUCCUAGUCUAGCAUGACAAGUUGGACACUGCAAGUUAGCGAAAUUUGUCAUGCAUUUUGUACAUGUACGGGAAAUUUACAUUGCAUAGGUUUCUUUCUGGAGAAAAUCGACAACCAUAGCUUGAUCGGGCUGAAUUUUGAGGAGUUUCUGGACGUGUUGCGAACGCACUUUUCCACCAAGUCUAAGGACAAAGCGUAUUUCGAUAGUGAUUCGGAAGAGGAAUGCGGGUCCGGAGCGGCGUGCGCGGAGCCGAGUGUUUCUGGCGGGGGGAGUGUCGGGAUCAUCGGGGAGGACAAAUUGGCCAAAAUGCAGCUGAAGAAGGAAGGAGAAAACAAAGACAAUGAAAACAACGGCACCGGCGUAGUAUCCGCCGAUGACAACAUGAUGACGGGUGUUUCGUACAACCAUUCUUUCACGAGAAUUAUGAUCCGAGACUUGGAGGGGCGGGAGAACGCGAAAACCAUCAGGCGGAAUGACAACUUUUUCCCCGCGUUUUGCAUCACCAGGAGUUUGAAACCGGAUGAGCCGGAGUAUACGCGGGAGCAGUUAUAGAAUGCGAGGAACUUCUUGUUGUUCGUAAAGACCAAGAACUUCGGGAUGAAGAGAAGCUUGCUUGUCAUCUAAUACCCCUGGGAGAAGUUGUUGUAGAGAGGAGGUUUAUCUUAGAAAAAUUUGGCAAAAAUGAGGGACUACAGUGGGCAAGAAGGAGGAUCAACAGGAAUGCGUUUACUUCACAAGUUUCGAAAGUAAUAUUGUCAGAGAGUGGUUUAUUCAAGAAACUAAUGCACUUUUUUACAUCAACGCUGAUGCUCCUGUUGCUGUAUUUACAACUCCUUGCGGUCACUAGUCCGCCCCGAUUCUUGCAACAGCAUCUGCACCUGCACCAAUUACUUACAAGAAAAGCAAAAAAGCCAAAAACAUAUGAUGAUCUUCUAUUUGCUGCAGCUCUAGGUGGCUCUAGCUUUCCAACUCGAAAUGGCACCUUGAUAGAUAAUGAAAAAGUAAAAAAUCAUGAUAGUUGUUUUUAUCAACCCAAAAAAAGUGAAAGUGUGUCUGUUACUAUCUCAACAACAACAACUCAGAGACUUCUUCUAUUUGGUUCUUUUUUAUCUCAUCCUGCUUCGGUUUGGAGCACGAAAAAAUUGAAAAAAA